ACCGGCUCCUGCUGAGUUUCUUUAGUCUCACGGAGCACUCCAUUUUCCCAAAAUGUGUUUCGAGCCACUUGUCGGUUGGAGGCCAUUGCUCUUAGGUUGGAGGCCAUCGCUCUUAGGUCUUAGGUUCCUUAACGUUUUUUUCUUAAACACUUUCUAUAUUUCUCAAUCCCACGAGUUCGCCAGCCUCGGUCACUCACGCGUCCACGUUAGGUCGUUUGAAGGGUUCAGUUUUGAGCAUCCACUGACGCGGUGUUUUCUCGCGCACACCGCUAGCCACGCUUUUGGUUCCUUCCGCCAUGUCUGCGUCAAACCCCAUCAGGUGGAGCUAUGACACCUUGGUGGAGUCCUUCGAUGUCUAUCACGCAGGACCCGAUCCACCUCGAGGUCUUCUUGACUUCUCGCAGCAGUUAUCUUCCUUCCGGCCGGAAAAAAGAUCUACAACGUCAACCAAAAAGAUGAAGACAGAGAAAGUUCAGGUCUCCAAAACAAAGAGUCCACAAGCUCCCGAGCUCCGAGCGCCACGGAGCUCUGCCCGAGUUUCUGAGCUUCCCGCGCGAGAGCGGCCAACAGGCCGGAACGGGCCUGUUCCAAAGGCUUUUGAACUGCAGCCCACACAGCUGCCGGACGAAGUGCCUGAGGAGGCCGACAUGGAGCAAUUGACGCCUGAGCAGUAUGCGGACUGGAUGAAGUACUACAGAGAGUGUGCAGAGUAUUUCGAAGAAUGUGAACGGAACUGUGCUGAACAGGCUGGAAUGGAGCCCCCGAGGCGAGCACAACCUGGACUGGCUCCCAGUGCGAGUGCUUCUUCCAGGCCGCAGGCGCCGCAGGCACCGCAGGUAAACGCUUCGCCGUUCCCUUUGAAUGGCAAGGCCUUCGACUCUCCCAGCUGGGCUUCUUUGAUGCCUCCUCCGCUGCCGGAGGGUGCCCCUUCGCCAGCACCCUUGCUACAAGCGCUGCAGACACUGCAGCUCCUGCAGCAGCAACAACAACUUCAACAGUUGCAGCUACAAUCAGUUCAACAACUUAUCUCAGGGAGCUUGCUCAGUGGCAGCAUGUUCGGCAUGCCCUUGGCUGGCCAAAACACUGCUCUUGGUCUCAACAACGAGACUUUGAUGAAUCUCCUGAUGGCCUGGUAUUAUUCCGGGUAUUAUACUGGAGAGUAUGCUGCAAAGCAAGGCAAGAUUUGAAUGGGUGUCGUUACAAUGGUGUUGGCCAAAAAAGAUCCGGGUCCACCGGGUGGUUUUGGCAGACAUGGCUGACAGAGCUCCGUGUCUCUCUUUUUCCCUUCGAAAGGAU